CGGAAGUAAAACAGAGUGGACGCUCACAAAACAUUAGAGAGCGGAUAAUUUAAACAAGAUUACGGAUAAUUAUACACCUCAAUUCACAGGAAAGCAUGAUACAGAAUUACGUAAAAUAUGCCAGGAAACAGUCGAUCAGAGAUCUUAUAGCUAGACUGUAAUCACUUCACCCUCCAGCGCAGCAGGCGGCGGCGUGCAUCUAAAAAGCUGGUUUGCGCAACCCACCGAAGAAAACUAAGAGUGGCUGCUCUCUGACUCACAGAAACAUCUAUGUUCGUGCAGCUUUAACUUGUUUACAGCAACCUGGCGAAACGGUUUGACUGUCAAGCAGGGAAGCAGGCCAGAGAUUAGGCUUUUUUCAGCCUUUGCUGUCCUCGGAGCUCAGCCGCUGUUGUCAGAGGCUGGUUUUAAGGACAGUGUGCUGUUGUGGGAAUGCGCGCUUUGAAUGCGGCGAGAGGCCCAGUGCUGACUGAUGCCGCUGUCUAUCACAUGAGCCCAUACACACAUGCUGGAGGAGUCUUAUCGGUCUUCACACCCGUCAUGCAUUACUCCGGGAUUAACUGCGUGUUUAGGGCGAUGUCACGCAUAUAAUAAUCUUUACUGGGUGACACAGAAGAGUGAAACUGCAUUUUCCAGACAGCACGGGAUAUCAUGACUGACAUUCAGCGUCAUACUUCGAGAGACCACUGCGCGGUUUUCUGCUGAUUGUGUUUUUGGACAAGAGCAUAUGAACUCCGAAAGCCCACGGGACACAACAUUUCUGGCUUUUCUAAAGCGUUAAAGCCGCCAGCAUGAGGAUCUUCAGGGCUUUGAUGAACGCUGCAUCCGUCGCCAAACAGAUCGACUUCUACUCCAGAUUCUCGCCUUCUCCUCUCUCUAUGAAACAGUUCAUAGACUUUGGUUCAGAGAACGCAUGUGUGAAAACAUCAUUCACGUUUCUAAGACAGGAACUGCCUGUCAGGCUGGCAAAUAUUAUGAAAGAGAUCGAUUUGUUGCCUGAUAAUCUGCUGAGGACUCCUUCAGUGCGCCUGGUGCAGAGCUGGUACAUGCAGAGCUUCCAGGAUAUUCUGGAGUUCAAGGACAGGGAUGUUGAUGAUGAAAUGCUCAAACAAGACUUCACAGAUGCUGUGAUUAAGAUCAGGAACCGUCACAAUGAUGUGGUGCCCACCAUGGCUCAAGGGGUGGUGGAAUACAAGGAGACCUACGGGACGGACCCCAUCACCAGCCAGAACAUCCAGUACUUCCUGGACCGCUUCUACAUGAGCAGGAUCUCCAUCAGGAUGCUCCUGAACCAGCACACUCUUCUGUUCGGGGGAAGGAUACGUGACAAUCCUGCUCAUCCCAAACAGAUCGGCAGCAUUGACCCCAACUGCUGUGUCACUGAUGUCGUGAAAGAUGCGUAUGAAAAUGCCUGUAACCUUUGUCACCGGUAUUAUAUGAACUCACCCGAGUUAAUACUGGAAGAAUUUAAUGUUAAAGGACCUGAUAAACCCAUUGCUGUGGUGUAUGUGCCGUCUCAUCUGUACCACAUGGUGUUUGAGCUCUUCAAGAAUGCCAUGCGCGCUACCAUGGAGCUUCAUGAAGAUGCCAUGGAGUAUCCUCCGGUGCAUGUGCAGAUCGUCCUGGGCCACGAGGACCUGACUGUGAAGGUCAGUGAUCGUGGAGGCGGAGUCCCGCUGAGGAAGAUUGACAGGUUGUUUACGUACACAUACUCCACUGCCCCUCGUCCUCAGAUGGACACGUCUCGAGCCACUCCUCUGGCUGGUUUUGGUUAUGGGCUGCCCAUCUCCAGACUGUACGCCAGAUAUUUCCAAGGAGACCUGAAACUCUACUCUAUGGAGGGAUUCGGCACAGAUGCUGUCAUUUAUAUCAGAGCUUUGUCCACUGAGUCCAUCGAGAGGCUUCCCGUUUACAACAAAUCUGCCUGGAAACAUUAUAAAACCAUCCACGAGGCCGAUGACUGGUGUGUCCCCAGCAAAGAGCCCAAGGACAUGACCACCUUCCGCAGCUUCUAGUCUGAUCUCCACGCUUGCGUCAUGAAUGUGUUCGUCCAGACUUCACCAAUGCACCUGCUCCAGCAGACCAAAUCAAGCGUCUUACCUUCAUCUGUAGCUCAGGACAGAGGAACAAAACAGACUGGGGCUCAGGGGAAUCUGUGUUUCUAUGUACAUGUUUCUAGUCUGUUCUAAUGAGAAGGUUUUGAACUGUACCAGAUGUUACCAGUGUUGUACGAUAGCACAGGUGUUGCUGGUGCCAUCACAUUCAGGCUGUUGUCCUUCUGGUGUAUUUUGAGUGUGAUCCAGUAUGUGUUUAAUGAUCUAUCAGUCUUACACUUGGAUGUGUAAUCCAGUAUUUAUUUGUCUGUCCCCGCGAGACAGACUGAAGUGUUGAUCAUUCUUGCUUUAAACUGACAUGUUGUGAUUUGGGAAAUCAAGCUUGUGUGUAACACAGCUGUGGGCUGUAUUAAGAAUAACUGGUGUACACUCCAUGUACAGUUAUUGUUGUUUUCUUUUCUUUUUAAGAAAGAGUGAGAAUGUAGUGUGAAGAGUUUGAAAGUGUUAAACGCUUCACAGCACUAGAAAAUGUUCGGCUUCAACUAAGCAAUUAACAAUUCAGGCACUUAAAUGACAAAAAAAGGAACAAACGCAUGUACGUGUGUGAACUGUCUGCUUCUUUUGACCAGUUUGAAACUGUUUAAAGUGUUUAGUAUUUUGAAACUCCUCCUGUUUCAAUAAAGCACUACCAGUACAA